UUGUUUCCGUAUCGACUGAAAGAAUACUGAAUAGAGAGUGUGUGUGGGGUUAAAACUUCGCUUCGGGAACUUAAACUUCUUAGAAUCAACUCAGCGGCAGUAUGGCCAAAGAGUACGACCAUUUAUUUAAGUUGUUAAUUAUCGGAGAUAGCGGAGUUGGCAAAAGCAGUCUUCUUCUUCGGUUUGCAGACAACACAUUUUCAGGAACAUAUAUUACAACAAUUGGAGUGGACUUCAAAAUCAGGACAAUUGAUUUGAAUGGUGAGAGGGUCAAACUUCAGAUAUGGGACACAGCAGGCCAAGAAAGAUUCCGUACAAUUACAUCAACAUAUUAUCGUGGUACCCAUGGAGUUAUAGUAGUAUAUGAUGUCACAAGUGCAGAGACAUUUGUCAAUGUAAAGAGAUGGCUACAUGAAAUUGAACAAAAUUGUGAUGUAGUGAGUAGAAUAUUAGUUGGAAACAAAAAUGACUGUCCAGAGAGAAAAGUGGUCCUAACGGAAGAUGCAACAAAUUUUGCUGAACAAAUGGGCAUUCAAUUAUUUGAAACGAGUGCAAAGGAAAACAUCAAUGUAGAAGAGAUGUUUAACGCAAUUACCGAAUUAGUACUGAAGCAAAAGAAAGAGAAUGCUGCUAAGCAGACUGCCCAGGACAAUAGCCAGACAGUUAAGCUGAAUGGAAGGAAAGGAAACAAGAGCAAGAGUGGAUGCUGUAAAUGAUCUUAAGCAGCGAGAAUCAACCUAGAAUAUAGUAAGCACAUUGAAGUCAAUCUCUACAACCAUCAUUGGGUGUACAUAGCGCCCUCUAGUGGGACUACAUUACCCCUGUAUUAAUACUUGACACAAUUGGAAAGUGAGCUCUUAUCAGUAGUAGAUUACAGAACUUGUUUACUCAUUCCAAUUUGCCUACUUUUUCUUGUUUUCAUUUUCAACAAAAUAUUCUUUAUUGGCAGCUUAAUUAUGAAAGUUUUUUUUUUUUCCAAAUUGUUGAGAAAAACUGCAUGAAAUGGUUAAAACAAUUUUAUUAUUUGUCACAAUUUGUCAUGCAAAUUAUGAAGUCAAGGAUGCCUGGAAGGCAUAUCAUUAUAGCUCAGGUGCCUGAGGAAACCUGUAAACUACUUGUACUCUUCCAUGAUUUACAUGUUAUGAGUUCUUUUAAGGUAUUAGCUCUUGUCAUACUGCUUGACCUGUCCCAUGCACAAAGCAUUGUAAAAUACAAGCAGAAUUGAAUGUGAAUUAAAUCCAAAUUCUUUUUGACAACCAAGUUUGAAUACCACUUCACUAGCCUGCUUGCUCCCACACUGCCACAAUUUGAUCGGUAAUAAAUAGACAAGAUCAAAUCCAGCCCUUACCAACUCAAUCAUCACAUGAUGAGCUUGCUUUCAUGUAAGGGCACCCUCAACGGGGCUUUAACAACAAGUAGAAGAAUGGCAAGUUGGCAAUAAGUAAAUUAACUCGUAAUCAGAGUGGAAUCAACGAUUUGGGAAAGUCCACCUGGUAACGCUAUUAAGUGGUUCCCUACCACCUAAAUCAGUCGGGUUGAUGAGCCUAGCUGAGCCUAGCUUAAAGCUUCAAUCUUUAUUCUAUACAUGUCUGUAUAUAUUAAGAAAUGGAUUUUUUUCUGAGACAUUUUAAUCAAGGGAAGGAAUAUUACAUGUAUACUACUAGUCAAUUGGAGACAUUCAGCCACUAGAUGGCGGCAGAAAUACCAGUUCAAUUUCCAUCAUGUGUGUUAUUCUAAGCAUGUGUGUUUUGGAUAACAGUGGCUGUGUUAGGUUAAAUUUGCUGCCUCAUUAGUAUGUGACUGUCAUUUUAUUGUCUGCCAUUAACUUUCUUACAAAUGUGUGAGUUUUGCUACACAAGCUUUGAGUCAAGUUUUCAAUAAAGACAGCACCGCCCCUUCCCACCAAUGCCGACUACAUUAUCUGAUUUAUCUAUUUAAUAUCCAGUUGUGCUUCCAUCUGUCUUGCUUAAUGGUUUAAUUUGCAGUGCUAGGAUUGACCUUACACUCUUGUAGUUUACAUGUAUGACUGUAUUGAACAAGUGGGUAUUGGAGACUUUAUGUGUACAUUUUUCAUUUUCCUUAAAGGUUAUGAAUGUACAACGUUAUUUCUUACCCCUGACACUCUCAGCAGAAACUGUGUCAAAUCUUUAAUAAAAAGAAGUUACACAUCCAUAUGGUUGAUUCUGGUCAGCAAAGAAUCGUUGGUUUUGCAUUGACGUUCAAGACUAAUCCAUCAACGUAGUGAAACCAGGCUGGGGAUUACAUGGGAAUUGGGGCUGAUUAGAAUUAAUACAUACAACUCAUACUAAUGUUUGAUUGAGAGAGGGUUAAACCUAAUAAGGGUAGUGCUUCAUUGUGUUCAGGUAUUUGACUUUGUGUAGUAUUGCAUGUAAAUAAAACUACAUUCGUCCUUUGGUAACAAUUUAUAUUUGUAUAAAAUAUCAAAAAUCAUUUUUAAAGGGCCUAACUGUGUGUAAAGCGUUGAAUUGUUGUAUAUUUCCUGUCACUUGCCCCUUCCAUAUCAUUCAAUAGUCCAACUCUAGCUAGUUUGAUAAGUUAAAAUUGUUUUGAAGAAAGACAGAGCCCAUUACUGAUUUCUCUAAUACAGUCCUCUUGCACCAAAGACACUGCUUAAACUUUAAGGCAGUGGACACUAUUGGUACUUAUGCAAAAUAAUUGUUAGCAUUAAAACUUACUUGGUAAUGAGUAAUG